CUGCACACUUCUAGAGGACCUUCUCGUAGCGCACCACCACCAGGAGCAUCUUCUUGGAGCUCGCCACUGCGCACAGUCUACGCCUGUCUACACCUUCCACACCACGAGACAAGAGCAUAUAGUUACAAGGUAGAGCGCGUCUCAUCGUACCAUCACAUUCACAGCAGCACUUUCCAUCAAUGGGAAAGAAAAAGGGCGGCAAGAAGGCGGGCGGAGAAUUCUGGGACGAAGGUGGUGAAGUGCUUCCCACAAAUGGCAACGGCGGUGGCGAUGACGAUGACGUGCCCGUUGCAAAGGCCAAGAACGCCUUUGCCAACAUGCAGAUUGACGAGGGUGGCGAUGACACCAAUGCUGCGUCCGCGUCUACGCCCAAGGCUGAAGAAGAGGAAGAGGACUAUGGAGGCCUCAUGAGCGCCAUCAAGAAGAGCAACGCUAGCGGAAAGAAGGGCAAGAAGGCUAAGAAGCAGAAGGAGGAGAUUGACUGGGAUGCUAUCCAAGACGAGAUUGCCGAGGCACAUGGCGAAGAAAGGGACGGCGGUGACGCAGCUGCCAAGGCGCCUGUUGAAGCUUCCGCUGCAGAUGAAUUCCCAGAGGACGACAAGCAGUCAAAGCAGAAGAAUGGCGACAAGGCCACACCCACACCUGCAGCGGACGAUGACGAUGACGACGGCAAGGAUGAUGAUGGCACUCCCAGGAUACUGUCAAAGAAGGAAAAGGAGAAGCUAAAGAAGGAGAAGGAGAAGGCCAAGAAGAAGGCACAGGCUGCCGCCAAGAAGGCUCAAGCCGGAGGAGGCGAGGCCAAGGAAGAAGAAGCAUCGAAAGCAGACAAGGCUGAUGAGCCAGCAGCGCCGGCCCCUACGGAUACCGCUGCCGAUGGCGAGGACGAUGACGAGGAGGGAGAAGAAGGUGGAACUGCAGCAGACAAGAAGAAGAAAAAGAAAAAGAAGAAGGCUGCUGCUGCUACACCUGCUCCCGCCCCUACAGCUGCCGCCGGAGGCAAGAAGCCUAGCGCUGCACUAGCCGCUCUUCAAGCUCGAAUGGCUGCUCAGAAGAAGGCAGAAGAGGAAGCCCGCUUGGCCGAGGAAGAGGCCCGUAGAGCCGAAGAAGAGGCCGAGAGGAAGGAAAAGGAGGAGGCUGAAGCCAAGGAGGCUGAGAGGCAAAGGAGGAAGGAGAAGGAGAAGGCCAAGCGAGAACAGCUCCGCAAAGAGGGGAAGCUCUUGACCCCUAAGCAGAAGGCUGAGAAGGCCGCUGCCGAGGCUCGUAUGCAAGCCAUGAUCAAGAGUGGUCAGAUCAAGGUGGAAGGCCUCGAAGCGCGGAACCAAGACGGUGGUGCCGAGUCGAGCAAGAAGUCGAAGGUGAUAGACUCGCGCAAGAAGAAGAAGCAGCAGCCCUCUGGUCCCAAGAGCAUCAUCGAGCCAGCCAUCGCAAAGGGUGAUGAUGCCGUCGAGACUGCCGCUGAGGCAACACCCGAGGCCCCUGUGGCGGUGCAGCAGGAAGAGGCGCCGGCUGAAGCUGCUGUGGCAGAAUCCACCGAGGAUGUCAAGGAUAGCUGGGACGCUGGUUCAGAUGUUCAAGACGACUGGGACGCUGAAAGUCAGGGCGAGGAGGAGCAAGCAGAGCAAGCAGAAAAGGAGAAGCCUGCUCCUGCGGCUGCAAAGCCCAGCGCUGCAGCCACCACGAACGGCAGCGGCGCAGCUCAAUCAAAGGCAAAGGCCGCGGACGCCGAUGAAGAGGAGGAUUCGGAAGAAGACUCUGGCUCUGAUGACGACGAUGAUGACUCGUCUGAGGAGGACUCCUCCAGUGAAGAUGAGAUGACUGCAGUCGAGCGUCAAGCUGCUGCGAAAAGGGCACUUGCUGCUCAGCGACGCGAGGAAGCUCACAAGGCAGCCUUGGCAGCUCGGAACAAGGACGACUUGCGGUCACCCAUUUGUUGUAUCCUGGGUCACGUCGACACUGGUAAGACCAAGUUGUUGGACAAGAUUCGUCAGACUAAUGUGCAAGAAGGAGAAGCCGGAGGUAUCACCCAACAAAUUGGUGCCACCUACUUCCCCGUGGAGACACUCAAGCAGAAGAUUGCCCCCAUCGACCCCGAGGGUAAGCAACAGUUCAAGGCGCCCGGACUGCUGGUCAUCGACACCCCUGGACACGAGUCUUUUACCAACCUCCGAACCCGUGGUAGCUCGCUCUGCAACAUUGCUAUCUUGGUCGUCGAUAUCAUGCACGGUCUCGAGCCCCAGACUUUGGAGUCGAUUCGCUUGCUCAGAGACAAGAAGACACCCUUCAUCGUUGCCCUCAACAAGGUCGACCGACUGUACGGCUGGAAGGCCACGCCCGACGGAGGCUUCAGGGCUUCGCUCGCCAAGCAAGAUCGCGCAACGAGGAAUGAGUUUGAAGAUCGAGCACAAAAGACAAUGGUUGCUUUUGCAGAGCAGGGUCUGAACUCGUGCCUCUACUACGACAACAAGAACUUUGCCAAGAACGUCUCGCUUGUACCUACGUCAGCUCAUACCGGUGAGGGUAUCCCUGAUAUGCUCCAGUUGCUCGUCAGUCUUACUCAAGAGAGGAUGAGCGAAAGACUGAUGUAUCUUUCGGAGCUCGAGUGCACAGUCCUUGAGGUCAAGGUCAUCGAGGGUCUUGGUACUACCAUCGACGUUGUGCUAUCCAAUGGUACGAUGAAGGAGGGCGACAAGAUUGUUGUCUGUGGUCUCAAUGGGCCCAUUGUGACGCAGGUCCGAGCACUCCUGACACCGCAACCGAUGAAGGAGAUGCGUAUCAAGGGAGCCUACGUGCACCACAAGAUGGUCAAGGCUGCUUUGGGAGUCAAGAUCUCAGCGCCGGACCUCGAAAAGGCCAUUGCUGGAAGUCGACUGCUCGUCUGCGGUCCCGAUGACGAUGAGGAGGACUUGAAGGAGGAGGUCAUGUCUGAUCUGUCGAACUUGAUGGACUCUGUCGAGAAGUCUGGCAAGGGUGUUCAGGUGCAAGCAAGUACGCUGGGUUCUCUCGAGGCUCUUUUGGAGUUCCUGCGAGUGAGCAAGAUUCCCGUCAGUGGCAUCAACAUCGGUCCCGUCUACAAGAAGGACGUCAUGAGGGCUUCGACGAUUCUGGACAAGGCCAAGGAGCUGGCAUGUAUUCUCUGCUUCGAUGUGGCGGUGGACAAGGAGGCGGAGCGGUUAGCAGAGGAGAUGGGUGUGCGCCUCUUCAAGGCGGACAUCAUCUACCACCUCUUCGACGCCUUUACAGCCUACCACGCCGAGGUCAUGGAGCAAAAGAAGAAGGCAGCAGCACCAACGGCCGUCUGGCCCUGUCGACUGAAGAUCCUUGCCUGCUUUGCCAGGAGAGACCCCAUCAUUAUCGGUGCUGAGCUCAUGGACAAUGUUGACUUGCGAAUUGGCACACCUCUAUGCGCCAUCAAGAACAAGGAGGUAGUGUACAUCGGCAAGGUGACCUCACUCGAGGUGAAUCACAAGUCCAUGCAGGUCGUCUCAAAGAAGGAAGCCGGAGCAGGAGUGGCGGUCAAGAUUGAAUGUGCAGUGUAUGAGACGCCCAAGAUGUAUGGAAGGCACUUUGAUGACAAGGACGAGCUGUACUCGAUGAUCUCGAGGAGUUCCAUCGAUACACUCAAGGAACACUUUUGGCCACAGGUGUCGUUGGAGCAGAAGAAGCUUAUCAAGCAGCUCAAACCUAUGUUCAACAUCCCUUGAGCGAGCGAAGCGUGGGCGACAGGCUGG